ACUGACAUUUGUUAUUCACCUGAUUGCAGCGCCCUGUCAUCUUAAUGGGGUUCGGGUUGAAAGGACUGCUAUAAACCGCGAUAAAAAUCGACUUGUUUUGAAAAGUUGUCUUUGCAGACGACACGAAGAGGAUAUAUUCCCGCCAAAAUUGAAGGAGAGAUAAAUCAUUGAAAAUGCCGUCAGUCAGGUCACCACACAGGCUAAACCGUCUUGGGAGUGUAGUCGUUUUCUUUCUUACAUUCGUCCUAGGAGUUUUCACAGUGCACGCAAAUGAAGAGCUCAGCUCGAUCUGUCAAGGAGCCCAGAACUGUGGAGAAUGUAUAACAGUGAAUCCAGAUUGUACAUGGUGUACGGAAGAUACAUUCCAGGGGCGAAGAUGCGAUCUUGAAAGCCGCUUGCAAGACGCUGGGUGCAGCAACAUCACCAAUCCUCUUGCAUCUGCCGAUGCCACACAAGACGACCCGCUGAGUGAGGCAAACGCUGAUCUAGAUGAAAUCGUUCAAGUCAAGCCUCAGAGGAUGAAGAUCAAAGUAAGACCAAACGAGCCGAUCGACAUACGGUUGUACGUGCGCCAAGCCGCGGACUAUCCGGUCGAUCUCUACUACGCUAUGGACCUCAGUAACUCAAUGAGAGAUGAUCUAGAAAAUCUCAAGGGUCUCGGAACAACCUUAUCGAAAGUGUUGAGUAACAUAACCGGGGACUUUCGGCUCGGUUUUGGCUCCUUUGUUGAUAAGAGAAUUCUGCCUUUCGUAAACACCCUCCCUGACAGACUGAUUUUCCCAUGCCCAGAGUCAUCAGAAUCCUGUGCUAGAACACACGGAUUCUUCAAUGCACUACCUCUAAAUGAGGACUCAACACUCUUCGCUAAUCUUAUCGCAAACACCAUUAUUUCAGGUAACUUGGAUACUCCUGAGGGAGGGUUUGACGCUUUGAUGCAGAUUGCUGUUUGCGGGAACAUAAUCGGUUGGAGACCCAAAGCUCGCCAUCUGGUAAUCUUUACAACAGACGCUCCGUUUCACAUUGCGGGGGACGGGAGACUUGGAGGCCUAGUGGAACCCAAUGACGGACAGUGCCACACGGAUCCUAACACAAACAUGUACACCUUUAGUACGCUACAGGAUUACCCCUCUAUCGGUCAUCUCAGCGCCAAGCUACGAGAAAACAACGUCAUUCCCAUUUUCGCUGUUACCAGUCGCCGAACGAACCUGUACAUGAAACUGGAGAACUACAUUGAAGGUGCGACAGUUGGGACGCUUGACGUUGACUCGGGAAACAUUGUGCAGCUCAUUCAAUCCAACUAUGACCGUAUCACAUCGCAAGUCCGACUGACGUCAACAGCCCCCGAUGACGUCACACUCUCCUACCGAGCGAACUGUAUAGACCAGACAUACGAAGACACGAACGAGUGUUCGGGACUCAAGCUAGAGGACACAGUAUCCUUUGAUAUCACCAUCACGGCCGAGAGGUGUGUCGAAGGCGGCAUGACGAGUUUUGAAAUUGGACCAGUCGGAUUCAAUGAAGAACUUAAGAUUGAGCUAGAAGUGACGUGUGAAUGCGAUUGUCAGGGAUUAGGGGAAGCAAACAGCAAUGUUUGCAGCAAUGGUAACGGGACGUUGGUGUGUGGUGAGUGUGCAUGCAACCCUGGACGGUAUGGCGUCAAGUGUGAAUGCAGCGGUAAUGAAAUCAGCAUGGAGAGCACGGAUACAUCCCAAUGCAGAACGGACAACACAACAAGAACUUGUUCUGGACGUGGAGAAUGCAUCUGUGGGAAAUGUGUCUGUGAUAACACUGGGAUCCCUGGUGAGGUAAUCUCAGGACAAUUCUGUGAAUGUGAUAACUUCAAUUGUCCAUACAGCCGAGGAUUGCGUUGUGGAGGGCCUGAUCAAGGAAUGUGUGUCUGUGACGUAGCUACAAGACAACCUAAGUGCCGAUGCGAGCCGGGCUUCAAGGGAGAUAGUUGUGACUGCCCAACACGAAAAGACACGUGUCGGGCCAGCAAUGGAUUGGAAUGUAACGCACGUGGAACAUGUGAAUGCGGUGUCUGCGAGUGUAUUGAGGACUCACAGUUUCAGGGUAAAACGUGUGAGAGAUGCACUGCAUGUCCAUCUGGAAAUUGUCACAUACACAGAGAUUGUGUACAGUGCACAGUGUUUGAAUCAGGUAGGCUAACACCUGAACAGUGCGGCAUGUGCAGUAUCGACAUCAUCAACGUUACAAGUAUUGACGAGUAUACGAAAGACAACCCCAUAUGUGACUUUAUGCUGAACGGCAUCUGCACUUUUCGGUUUGUCGUUGUCUCAGAGAACGAAACAGUCACUGUAUAUGUUGAGGGGGAACCAACAUGCAUCACACCAAAUCCGAGAAAGCCGCGGCUGACUCCGACAGAAAUCAGGUGGAUCAUCAUCGGAAUCAUUCUCGGCAUCGUCCUGAUCGGGAUUAUCCUGGUCUGCGCCUGGAGGUUAUAUAUCAACAUCCAAGAUAGGAGAGAGUAUGCUCAGUGGAAGAAGGAGAGUCAGAAACCCAAAUGGGCUCAGGGUAAAAGUACAAUCUAUCUUCCUCCGAUAUCUCGUCAUGAAAAUCCGCUGCAUAUAGAUAAUCAGAAAUAAUUAUAUUUCUGCUUUCUGGAAUGGGAUAUUAUGCAUAUUUUACUUGGUUUCUAUGGUAAAUAUUUCCAGUUCUUGCUUUGCGAGCUUCUCUUUCUAUUAAAUCAUCUUAAGCACAGUUACACUCUGGCACUUGCAGGCCAGUUCUGAUUUUUAUUAUUUUAUGAGUCAUAAUGCAUAAUCUUUUAACUAGUGAAAUGUGAAACUGUAGUAUUUCUUUCCAUAAAAAAGCAGUAACUAAUAUCUCGUGUUUUAAGGUGAAAUUCAUAUUUUUGUUUAAACGGACGCAACAGCUACUUAUAUCGGUGGAUGUUUCAUUCACUUUUUAGUGCGAAAGUCUCUUGUACUUGGAAAUUAAAUCUCUAAAAAGAUAUUCAAACACCGAACGAAUGUGACCAGUGACCAACAAAAAAUGACAAAGUUGGUUCGAAACAGAAGUAUCUUGUUGUAUGUGUACUGCCCUGUCAUUGACAAAAACGUGUAAGGUGUAAACUGUUUACCUUUCAAGCUGAGCUAGAGUUAACAGAUCAAAAGCUUAUCUAUUUUGUUGUGUGCAAAAUAUUUGAGAUACAUUCAGUAAUUUUCGAGGGGUCAGUGACACAAAGACGUAACUCCAUUUUGGCCAUUUUGAGAAAAAGUGGUUUAUGCGUCACUGAGCCUUGGGCCCUAAGGGGUUAAGUCUAUGUUUCACUAGCCAUUGACUCCAAUGGGUGUUGGGUGGAGUUAAG